CGCGCGUUGGGGGUUGUGGUUGUGGUAGGUUUGUGAUGGUGUUUUUUAUUCUCGUUAGACAAUACUGACCCGAUAAUGACGGUUAAAAUAGAUCUCCAGCCUAACCGCGGUCUUUUAGACGCAAAAUUUGAGUGCUACCGGUUGACACUUGAGCCGCUGCCAGUUUUAAAGAAAUCGCUGAAAAAUAACAUUCAGAAGGUCCAUCUUCAGGAUGACCAGUACGGCUAUCUGCAUGUGCAAAUGACUGGACUUCUUAAUGCGUUGAUCCAAGAUCCCUGGGACUUCAAUACUGUGUUUUGCAUAACCGAAUCGCACCAUGUCAUUUGGGUGCAUUUGUCACAGGAUAACCAGUUAACUGAACCACGCAUGGUGUGGCAGGUACCAGAGCCAAAAGGUGUUCAGUACACUUGCACUCUCAGCUUGCCUCAUGCAGAAUGGUGCCUUCUGUCUGAUGGGACAGGGAUUGUAUAUAUCUUGAGUUCGCCGAGCAGACCGCAAGGCGAACCUUGGCAGCUGUGCCAUACCUACUGCCCUGAAUGGAGUCAACCAAGUGCAGUACUGAUAACCAGUGCUCAUUGCAGCUUCCCUUCCAAUCAACAAAUUGAAUGCCUAAUGGGCUACAUCUCCAGGCCACAGGAUGUCCAAGGCAAUGUUACAAUCUCAGAAACGACAGUCCACUUUGUGUGUGUGCUGGAAUGGCUGACCUUCAGCUGCGCUUUGGUUGCUGACUGCAGCUCUUGGAGUCUGAAGAGGGUACGGCGCCUAAUGGGUGCUUCAGUGCCUGUGUAUUCUGCCUUUGACACCUUGGGCAGUUCUUUAUGCUUGGCUUCCGAAAAGGAGUUCAGCUUUAUCUUUGACUCUUGCAAACCUGAAAUUGGCCAUGAGGUAGAAGAUGCUGCUACUAAAGCAAAGGAACCGCCUCUUUAUUCAUUCAUUCAAGCUGGAGAGACAGUUACGGUUGUCUUCAAGUUACCUGAGUCGGUUACAAAGAAAGACGUAAAAGUCGAGCUGUCAGCAACAACGAUAGAAAUAUGUGUCAAUGAGAAGACUGUGCUCAAAGGAGAUUUUCCUCAUGCUGUCAUAAAACAUGAUAGUACAUGGACCAUCUUAGAUCAAAAGCUUGAAGUGCAUCUGACCAAAGCUGAAGCUGGUACUGUUUGGAAAGAAGUGGUAAAAGGAGACACUAGAGGUGAAGAGGUGUUUGACCCAGCAUUUGUGGAAGAGAUUCACACACGUUUAGCACACCUCACCUCUGAUGCUGAGGCAAAGGAACUGGAGAAGCCAGCAUACAACUACCAGGAGCUAGAUGAGUGUGAUGACACUACGGAAUAUUUUUCUUUCACGCGACUUUGUGGAGAUUCUCACAGAGCAACACACCAGGUGAACCUGAGUGGGCAUCAGUGGUUGUUCAAAGUACAAACUUCACCAGAUUCCCUUCCUGCGCUCUGCUUACGGCAUGAUGUAGAUGGCCUAGUCUGGCAGCCAAAAGAUGUGGCCAGUGAUGGAGAUGCUGAUCCAUUUCGAGUGGAGCAUGUUGCUACUUUCAAUGCAUUUGGAUAUGUUCAGGCCUCUAAACAAGAUCGGAAAUAUGAGCUGGGAUCUCCUGAUUUUAGCUUCGCUGCAAUCUGUGAUUCAGUUCGUCACCUUUAUCUGUAUCGGCAACCAGAGUCACUGAGCAAGUCUUUGGAGCUGCGAAACCGUAAAACCGGCAAGGAAGUGUCAACCAUUGCUAAGCAACAUGUCAUAAGCCUUGAGCAGUGCGAUGCCAUUUUAGGUAUGGUGACGAGCCCUCAGUGUAUUUUUGUGCUCAGUUCCAACACCAUCUAUGCAGUCAGAGUAUCCAGUUCAUGAUAUGUGUGACAAUGACAAACAAGUUAGUUCAACAGUAGUUGUUACUGCAAGCAUACAUUUUCAUUGAAGCUUUCGGAUGUCAUCUAAAAAUGUGGUUUAUAACUUCCUACAACUACAGCAUUUAGUUUAUAGGGAAGCAUUAUAGAGAGAGAGAAAAUGGAAAUAUCCUGUAUUAAUCUGAAUACAGUUUGAGAGAGAGAGCAGUGGACAUGUUCCACCUAUCUUUGCAAAAUCCUUCAUUUCUCUGUACAUAUAUGUCAUACUUUCUUUAUUUUCAUAAUGUGAUUUGGCAUUAAGAAUGUCAUAUAUACAACAUUUUGCAACAUAUAUGACAUUGGCUUUUUAAGGCAGUCUGCUUGUCUUUCUGCAGUUCACCACACUGUGUUGCUACAGGUUUGUGAGUAGUUUUGCAGUAACUCUAUUGACUUUGUGUUUUAUAUUUUAAUGAAAUGACACCUUUCCUUUAUUUUCAUAUAUUUGAUAUUCUCUGUGCACAAACUAGAUAUGUUUCUUGUUGUCUUCCUGCUAGAAAUAAAAAUGACUAGGUAUAUUUGGGAAAUAUUGCGCUUUAAACAUACCCCGCUACUAAUGUGUGCCUGUGCCUCAGGCUAAUCGUGUCGUGCAGAACAGCAUUCUCAUGGUAGGUCUAAAUGGUGAUUGGUUGGGGAAAAGUUCGAUAAGUUGUUCAUCAGCAUUUAAACAGGUAAUGGCAGCAACAUUUCAGAGAGGCCACUUCAUGUGGCACACAUGUGUUGCACUUGGCAUCUAAUCAAAGUUGUAAAUAUACUUUGAUUACAGAUAUUCUUACUCUGCAACAAAAGUACCUAAAUUAUGUUUUAGUUCCUGAAGAAUAGAAGUAACUAUAACUUAUGAGUAGAGUUAGCAUGAAAACUUCCACAAAGCAUUCCAGUUGCUGUCCCAAUUUUGUUCCCCAAAGAAAAAAGUAAAAUUGAGAAAUAUAGCAGAUGAACUUGUAAAACUUAACUUCAAAAAUUUUAUACAGAAAGAUAAUGAAGAAAAUUGGUCAAAUGGAUGAAUGUUCUUUUGUUUCACUGUGCCUCUUUGUGCUUGCUCGAGAUAUGAAUCACCAAUAAUUGUCCCAAACAGGUGUAUGCGUAGUGUAAAACAUGAGUCAACAUUCACAUGAUUGUUGUUGCCUUCCUACAUAUUGCUUAUGCAGUGUCACUAUAUCUACAUCCCCCUUUUUUCACAAAAAAUUUAACAUAUCCCAAAAUUAUAGCUGCAGUGCCGCAGUCAAAGUCCACUUUUGUUCUUGAUGUUCUUGAUCUGGAAACCAUGUUGGCAUUUUUCAUAUGUCUUGUGCUUUUCCUGGUGGGAGCUUCAGGUGCCUUUUCUGCUGUUGCUUGUGCCUUGCUUGUCACUGCUCUUAGAUGCUCCCAUGCUCUCGUGAGCUGCUGUUCUUCUGGAGUAGACACUAUGUGAGCGCGUGGUGCCAAACCUCGGCUGACUACAACAGCUCGGGACCAUGUUUUCUUGCGUUGUAUGUAGUAACAGUCAAACCGUUUUCUGGGCCAGGCAGUUUCCUGACACUCCAGUUCUAGUGUGCUUUUUGUUGCUUUCUAAUGUGCUGGAGCCUUUCUCAUUAUUGUGUCCGGAAUGAUGACUGCAGGCCAGCAGUGUCUCGUGUGGGCAGAUGGAAGAGUUCUUGUUUGACAGCUCAUCAGUCUCUGGACUGGAGAUUUAAGGACUGCGUCUCUGGGGCUAUUCUGCCACUCCAAAAGUGCAUAGUAGAAUUCUUCUUUCAUGGAACUUUUUCGUAGAAGUUGUUUCACUUUCCGUAUUGCCCUGUCUGCUAUACCACCUGAUCUGAGAUGGUAUGGACUAGAGGUAAUGUGUUUGAUUCCGAGACAUGAGCGAACAUUCACUUUAUUGUCAUCGUCGUCUUCAUACCUAUUGCUCAUGUGGUGUCGUUAUAUUCAUACAUAGGAUCUUACUUUCUUGGGUGGCAUAUUUUUCUUGAAUUCAGGAUAAAAAGUAGAUGCUAUAUAUUUAUGCAUUUUGGUUCUACCAGAUUAAAAUUUCUAUGAACAGGG